AUGCCUCUUGAUACCCUACACCACUCCCCUGUGCAAACCCCUGUCCCCAUGGAUGAUGAAACCAUGUUAGACCCACCUGUCCCAACAACAACCCCCACAGCAACUUGCACCAAGCCAUCUACAUCCUCUCAAGAAUCUGAAGAGGACCUACUCCAUGCACACCUAGCCAUUGCUGAGACAAACCGUUCCAUUAUCAGGUCUAAUGGUAUCAACUCCCUUAUGGUCAUUCCCCAGUUCACUCCCAUACCUAUGGGCGGCUUCCCCCACAUCCACCUAGCCCAUGUGGCACAAUUCUUUGACUACCAAGCAGCAAAAGUCAUUAACACGUGGCUGAAGGUCCCACACCCGAAAAUCCUAGUUAGAGUUUUCGACCAUGACGGGAAAAACCCAUCUGUCAAAGGCCCCAUCUUAGUCGAAAGACUAUGCAUUGCAGUGUCCGAGAUCAUGCACUUCAUCCACCAGGAUGGCCAAGAGGUAAAGGUCUCACCACCUUGCCCAGAAGCCACCACAGAAGAUGCAAACUAUCCCCUCAGCUUCCUUAUUUAUAACAUCUCUGAGGAGAUGAAAUCACUCAUCCUUAACCAGUCGGCUGUCUAUGAAGUCUGGAUGGAAGAUGUCACAAGGUGGGAUAUCUGUGAUAUCCUAUCCAAAGGAGAUAUCCCUGAGGACAAAGUCCACACUGCAUCCUGGGACUUCAUCAAGUCCUUGUGGAUUGAAUGCCUUGAUUUCAAGGUUAGCAGCAGCAUCCUACUCCCAUGCUACAACGUGUUUGCCAUCAGCCCAACCAAUACCCCCACUGUCUGGACGAAAUUGCACUGGCACUGUGGUCAACUUCAUGCCCUGCCCCCUCUGCCAUUCAAUCAUGCACCCGCAAGGGCUCUGCCCAUUCCCCAACAUCCCACCCUGGAACAGACCCAAGCACAAUGUGGUAAUGAGACCCAACAACUCAAGUCAAAGAGGAAGAGGCAAAGGGAGGAGAGGCCCCACCUGAGAUCACUUUCACAUCACCCGCUAGAUACUGCACAUACCUUUUAA